GAGAAAGAGAGAGAGAAAGAGGGACGGAUGGGUGUGUUCUUGAGCUUCUAGCGCGAGCUAGGGUACCGUUUUCCAUCACGGGAUCGCGGGAGGAGCUGUUGACGGGAGGAGCGAUGGCGUCGGCGAAGCGGCGGCCGUGCUGGACAUAGCCUAUUCCAACGGAGGAAUGCGCGCGCGCUGCAAAAUAUUUCCAGGUCCGCCUCAUGUUUCUUGAGCGAUCUCUUGGAUUGGGGCCUUCUUCCUUGAUCGGUGCGCCCGGCAAUGCGCUUGGCGCCUUGACCUAGUGCCCGCGGAGGCGCGUUUCUUCCUUCUCUUUCUCUAGGAGCUCUUUCCCUGCUUGGUAUUUCGAAAUUGGAGCAGCGGGAAUUCGUCAGCGGUGAUGCUCGCUGAGCACUUCGUCUCUGGGAAUAUGGAGAAUGGUGGGGAUUUCGGCACGGCCAGGCUCGAUUGGGAAUGGGACAACGUGAUGAUGCUGCCAGCGGCAGGGAUGAAUCGGAAGCUCCACAGCGCUGAUUGGAGCGAGGAGCCAGUGAUGGGAUCAGGCAAGGGUGGUGGCGGCGUCUUCUCUUCCGUCGCCGUCAAGCACGAGAGCUCGGGUGGGGAGAUCCUGGACCUGACAAGAUCCAAGCCCGACAGGAAGGCCAAUGAGCUGAUUGCCUCCCCGGAGAAGCCUUCCUCCAAUUCCUCCAAGGACUUUUUCCUGGGGCUGAGUGGAGGAGUUGCCAGUGGUGGUAAAGGCGACAUGGACAAGAUCAGCGAAAGGGCGGCGAUGGCUAAUGGCGACGCGGAGACCGGUCUCAAGCUUGGACUCAAGCGUAGUUUCACUCCGGAUAAUCUUGCCGAUGGUAACGCCGCCGCUACGACUGCCGCCACCACCUCCACCACCAUCACCGCUACCACCAACAACAGCAAAGGGGGGUCUCCAGGGAAGAAGCCUCGCGGCUCCGCGAAUCACACACCGCGUUGCCAAGUCGAGGGAUGCAAGACGGAUCUCUCCUCGGCCAAGGACUACCACCGGAGGCAUAAGGUGUGCGCAAUGCACUCCAAAUCGGCGAAGGUCAGUGUCAACAACAUCGAGCAGCGCUUCUGCCAACAAUGCAGCCGGUUCCACGUCCUGUCCGAGUUUGACGAAGGCAAGCGAAGCUGCCGGAGGCGUCUGGCCGGCCACAAUGAGCGACGUAGGAAGCCACAGCCGGAUCCAAUGGCGUUGACAAGCGCCGCGCUCUCGCCUUACCAGGCCGGCUUCAUGAGGCUUGCUCGUGAUGAGCGUCUGCUGGGUUAUGGGACUCCACUAUCGUACCUCGGUGUGGACAAUUUACACGGCAAGCUCUCCUGGCCCAGGUUUGGAAGCGUCGAUGAUCACACGGGUCUCGUCUCGGGCUCGUCUAACAUAUCCAGGCCGGAGCGCUUCUUCAUGCUCUUCCCUCCAAGGAAGGGUCCAGCGAUACUCAACAGCGUCGGCCAUCACGGUGUCCAUCAGUUCAUGCAAGGCUCCGGCUCCAUGGGCCAAAACCUGACGCUCUCGUCACCCUCGGCGUCGGGUGUGUACGCCGCCGGCAUAGGCCCGCCCAGCCAAGCCUCGCACAACGCAGCCGCGGUGUCUGACUCUGGUCGUGCUCUCUCUCUUCUGUCAUCUCAGCCAUGGACGAGCCCCCAUGACUCGAUGGAGCAGCUCAUGUCCGAAAGCCGAGCUCCUUACAACUCGCAGCAGCAGCAGCAAGCAGCGAGUUACUCGGGGAAUUCCCCGGUCCGGCAGCCGAGUUACGGCUCUCCCCAGGUGUUGCCACAGCAGGUUUCUCAGGGAAACAUAGCGGUCGUAGCUCUGGAAAGCAGGAGUAGUGCUCAAGCUCAGCAGCAGCAACAAGGUGGCGGCGGUGGCUCGUUCCUGCCUGGGAUAAAUAACUACGAGAACCACGCGGUGCUCACUCUACUCCAGGAAUCCGAGCUGCGGAAUUUACAGGAGCAACAGCAGCAGCAUGCCGCGAGGCCGACGAUCGAUCUCAUGCAAAUGUCAACAACGCAGCCGCCAGCGACCGUCGUAAUCCAGCAACCGCAAAGUUCGUCCGAUUUUCAGGUGCUCAAGCCGUAUGGUUCCGGACUGUAUGAUCCGCACCAGCUCUGAGGGCACACGCGCUCUCCUCCGUGUCCUCGUCCGUUCGUCCGUUCGUCCCAGCAGAAUUUAGGAGUGGUGGCGAUCGAAACAAGCGACAAGGAGAUUAUAUCGCUAGCAACCAAGAAGAUCUAUCAAUCUUCUUCUAUCUAUCUAUCUUCUCAGUGAUAAGUGGCGACUUGGUCGAAGUGCCCUCUCUCCCUCUCUCGAGGUACCUGACAACACUACGCACUUCCAGUUUGCAUUUGCCAUCUUUGUGUGCUUUUUCUUUUCUUUUUUUUGGUUAUCUUUUUCUUUUUUCAUCUUAACUUUGUUUCUAGGCAGAUUUGUAUCAUCAUCUAUUCAGGAAGGAAGAUCCAAGAGAAGACGAGAACAUUAAAAGAACUACAAAAAAAAUGAAAAUUAGAAGUGGAAAAAGAAAUUAUCCUUUCUUUUGAUAAUGCAUUUGUUAGGAUUAGAAAAAAAGAAAAAGUAGAGGCGAAUUUUUC